AUGUCUGCCCCAGUUGCUCCAAGAAGACCACGGGGGCGACCUCGCAAGAACCCACGUCCUACGCUCCCAGGUCUUGUUACGUAUGAGUUUAACACACUCGCCGACCCGUGUAUGACCCUCCGCUACAACCCCGGCAAGAAAUGCCUGUGCACCUACAAAACUACUGUCAAGAUCGGCGACUCGCUCUGUCCUUAUCAUGGAUACUACGAUGACAAAAGCAAGACAUUGUCUCGCACGGAGACCGCCUCUACUCCGCUGACAAACAAGAGGAAGAGAGACGUCUAUGAGAAAGAAGAGCAGGAUCAUGGACCUCAAUUGAGCCUUGGACUGGCAGUCGCUGACAAGCCACAAGUAAUCCGUCGCGUUAGCCCGCAGACGGACGCAGAAGAGCGCUUCAAUGUUGGAUUGUGUCUGAUCAAGGAACAAGCACAGCAACUUCUCGACGAUGGAAGCCUCCUUGACCGACAUCCACAUGCCUCUACGAGCAGUCAAAGCGGUCCUCUUCUCAAGAUUGACUUCCUUCGGGCGCCUCUUGAAGCUCGCAAGCUCAUCUACCGCUACCUCCUCGUACCCUCCUCCAGAUCAAUCACCUUUCCCAGUCAACAGGGCGGCGACACUUUCAGCGAGUUGAAUCCCGAAUUGCAAACCAAUAUCCUCUUCACGCACCCUUUCAUCUACAAUGAAUGCAGACCGAUCCUCUAUGGCGAGAGCACCUUUGUGGCCCGGAGUGCGACAGAUUUUUUCUUGCCCACUGGCAUCCAAGGCCUCCGACCAGCCACUGCACGAAGAAUCAAACACAUCGCAAUCGUCAGGAUAGGCACGGCGAAUGAAUGCGACAUCACCAGCCACGCCCUGGCUUCGUCCUUGCACAGCAUGGUCCUCCAAUCGCCUGCUUUCCUCGGCCUUCGUUCUGUUACCCUCCGCUUCGAGGUCAACCGACCAGUCCACUUGAACCUGUUCACUCUGCAGAUGUACCUCAACCGCCACGGUGUGACGGCUGAUGUCCGAGCAAUGUACAAGAAGGCCCAGGUUGUAAAGGACGCAGCUGCGAAAGUGGCGUUCAAGGCACUGCAGAAGGGGUCGCCAUUCCAGGGACUGUGUCUUGUUGAAGAGUCAGAGCAUACCACUUGGGGUCCAGGGGGAGUGCCAAGCCGAACUGUGGACGUGAAUGAGGUGUGCUUGUUCAGGACCCGUGAGGCCGGCCAUACAUACGAGGAGGAAAAGCAGACAUUGCAAGGAGUCAUCACGGACAUGUUGCUUGACGAGAUCCUGUACGAUGUGCCAGGAGCGGUUGGACGAUACUGGUGGUUCUGCAGGAAGUGUCCAACUUGA